AUGCCUUUCUUCAGCCGCAGCGAGCCCUCCCCAGAGCCCGUCUACCAGCCCCAGCCCAUGGCCGCUGAACCCCCGGCCCGCAAGCACAGCCUCUUCCACCGCAACCGCGACGUCUCGCCCGUCUCGUCCCACCACGGCUCCGUCGCCAGCUCCGGCGCAGGCCCCGGCGGCUUCACCAACAACAACGUCAACGCCACCAACGGCAGCAACUCGGGCGGGCUCUUCCGCCACAGCACCGACAGCUCGGCCAGCCGCGGGCGGCGCAGCCUGUUCCACCGCGACCACGGCGCGCAGGCGCUGGACCCGAGCAUCCUGCAGGCGCGCGAGCAUGUCAUGUCGGCGGAGGCGGCCGAGGUGGAUGCCGACCGGGCGCUGGGCGAGGCGCGGAUGCGCGUGAGGGCGGCCAAGGACCACGUUUGGCGGCUGGAGGAGGAGGCCAAGGAGGAGGCGAGGAGGGCCAAGAUUAAGCAGGAGCAGGCGAGGGAGGUGUCCAAGAGGGGACAGGGCCUUGGACGCCAUGGCUUGUAA